AUAGAUUGCUGAAUUGUUGAUUCUUUCAAUAGCGUGCGGGGCGCAUGAGGCAUAGGCGAGAGAAGAUGGAAGAUUGCCGUGAACGGGCUCGGGAGAGGUAAGGAGCGCGUCUCCCCAGCAACUCCAGACGAACAUGGAGGGCGGGAAGGAGCUAGACUCGGCAAGUCCUGCCGUUCUGCCAGGCUCGGAAACUGCCGCGCUUGGUGCAGGUCAACAAACGUCAACCAACCCAUCCGAGGACGGACUGGACAGCCUCUUCCCACCAUCACAUCCCGCCGCCGACGUCUCCGUUGAUGAUUUUCCCCGCAGAAACGUGUCCCCUGUCCGAUACACAUGCUCGCGGCCUCGCUAUGUCAUUAUGCUAUGUACACGAAUGUACCCGGACUCCACUUCUCUCGACCGAAGGAAAACUAGAAUUCCGACCUCAUCGCAAUGCAAUGCUGCACUGGCAACAGGCCCGCUUCCCCAUGCAACGUUCUCAGGUCUCCCACUCCUUCGACGCGGCGAGCAACCAUCUAUCCUGGAAAGGUAUCCGGGUCCCCGCCUCGUCUCGGGCCUCUACAUCCUUGGGCCCAACUCGAUAAGACUCAUUAUUCGUCACCUGUCUCGGUCCUCGGAUACAAGGCAACCAUCUGCUGUAGCGACUGACCGUGCGCCACUGACGACCAGACUGUGCCACCGUCUAUCAGCAGACCUCACGAACUAGCAUAAGCGCCCGUCCCCCAUGCAUUUCCUUCCCUUCAUCAAGCGCUCGAGUUGCUGAAGCACUUGAAAUAGAGCGAUUCCCGCGCUCCGAAGCUUGCUAUGUCAUCAUAGAGACGGGACACGUUAGCGCGCUCGGCUGUGUAUGAAGGCCGCGCACGUCGAUGCAC